ACAGAAAAUGAAAAAAAUAUUUUCUAACCUAUAAAACCGGGCGCUCAAUGAGCCCCUUAUUAUUAUCUUCUCAUUUAUAUCCUUUUAUCAUCUUUUAUUAUCAAAUCAAGAACAGAUUACUUACUUAAUAAAAAAGAUAACGUAAUUUUUUCACUUCACAUUAUUCAUUUAUUAUUCAAUCAGUUAUAUAGUUUCGAUAACAUAUUCUUUUUAGCAAAAUAUAAUAAACACUAUCAUGUCGAUUUCUAUACACAACAAUGUUGUUAGUGGUCCAGAAGAGCGAGCCAUCCCAGCGCAUCUGUCUUUUGGUCAAUAUUUAUUUGACCAGUUAAAAAAUAAUGGAGAUAAAAUAGCAUUGAUUAGUGCUGAAACUGGGGAGAAAAGAUCAUACAAAUAUUUCCUCCAAAACAGUGUAAACUUGGCAGUAAAACUACAAAGGUUAGGUUUAAAGAAGGGAGAUGUUGUCGCUCUAAGCAGUGAAAACCGUUUUGAAUUUAUUGUAUCAUCCUUAGCAGUUGUAUACUGUGGAGCAAUACUGUCUACGCUUAAUAUUACAUACUCACCAGGUGAAAUAACUCACAUAUUGAAAAUUACAAAACCAAAAUUUAUAUUUACUUCACCGAUAACUGCUCAGAAUAUGUAUGAUUGUAGUCAAGACUUACCCUUUGUAGAAAAAAUAAUUUUCUUUGGUGAAGAUGAAGUAGUGCCUGGGCUUAUGUAUGAUGAUUUAGUAAAGGAUCAUUUUAAUAUAGAUGAUUUUGAUCUGGUUGAUGUUAAUGGGUUGACUGAUACUGUGGCCGUAAUGUGUUCUUCUGGCACCACUGGCUUACCAAAGGGUGUCAUGCUUACACAUGUAAAUUUUUUGACAUUAUGUGCGCAUUAUAAAUAUUACUUUUCAUGUGUACAAGAGAAGAAAAAUAGUACCGUACACAAUGGUUUGGCACUCAUACCAUGGUUCCAUGCAUAUGGAUUCAUAAGUCUAUUUGCAGUUAUGGCUAUGGAUAUUACUAUAGUUUUCCUCAUUCGUUUUGAUGGGGAACAGUUCUUAGAAACCAUUCAGAAUUAUAAGAUAAACAUGACAACAAUUGUGCCACCUCUUGCUGUGUUCUUAGCUAAGAACCCCUUAGUACUUAAAUAUGACUUGUCAUCAUUGCACGAAGUCUGGUGUGGUGCAGCGCCUCUGUCAAGUGAGAUACAAAAAGCAGUCACAGAAAGAACUGGUAUAGACUUCAUAAAACAGGGUUAUGGUCUUACGGAAGUAACAAUGGCAUGUUGCGUAGAUUUAACAAGUGGUGAGAAAGUUGGUUCUUGUGGUACACCUGCUCCCGGCAUGAAAAUAAAGGUAAUAGAUAUAGAGAAUGGAAAGAAACUGGGUCCAAGAAAAGAGGGUGAAUUGUGGAUAAAAUCACCAUUGCGUAUGAAAGGUUACAUGGGAGACCAAGCUGCAAGCGAGGAGCUCUUCGACAGCGAAGGCUAUGUCAGGACUGGCGACAUCGGCUACUACGACGAAGACGGAUACUUUUACAUUGUCGAUAGACUCAAAGAACUAAUAAAGUACAAAGGCUUCCAGGUGGCGCCUGCAGAAAUAGAAGCAUUGUUACUGCAGCACUCAGGCGUAGCGGAAUGCGGUGUAGUGGGGCUCCCUGAUGAAUUAGCUGGAGAACUGCCGCUUGCUUUUGUGGUAGCGCAACCAAAUUCGAAAGUCACAGAGAAAGAACUUGUCGAACACAUCGCUUCCAAGGUAUCGCCGGCAAAACAUUUACGGGGCGGCGUUAUUUUUAUCAACGAAAUACCUAAGAAUGCUUCUGGAAAAAUCCUGCGAAGAGAGUUAAGACAAAUGUUACAAAAACGCAAAAGUAAGCUGUAAACUAGACUAGUAGACUAAUGUGUUCAGGACACGGAUUUAUUCCCGAGUUCCCGCGAAAAAACCAAUGUACAAAAUGAAACAAGUCCACCGCCGAACAUUAUUAUUAAAAUAUAUUAACACAUAAUGGUAAUCUAAUUGAUUGAUAUGAAAAAUAGGCGAACAAUUUCCAGAUCCAGUGAUACUAAAGUUCGAUUGUUUCUUUUUAGUCAAAUUCUGGUUGUGAUAGUAAUUUGAUCAGUUUACAUAUAUUGUGAGGUAUUAUAAUGUAUACAAAAUUAUUUCGGAUCACUUCAUUCGCGUUAAAAAAAAACUGUGAGUCAUCAGUGUAACUGAAGGUUAAAGUACUCAGUGACGACGAUUAUAAUACCUUACAAAUAUAUCUUUAUAAUAUAAAAGGUACGUUGGUGUAAAAUCAGACGCUUUCAGCGUGUUAGUGUUCGCGAAUUAUAUUUUUACAAUAAUUUAUUGAAUUUAUCGUAAUAAAUAAUUUUGGCAAUAUUUUAUUAAAUAUAUGUACUAAAAAAUAA